AUGCUGUCGCGUCUCACUCAUGGAACCAGACUCAGUCUGUCCCAAUAUCUACUUUUCGGCAUUAAUGCCAAUGUGAAGCUAGAGCAUAAAGGCGAUGUCGCCGUUAUCAAGAUGGACAUUCCAAACACAAAGGAGAACAUACUCAAUGAGACAUUGACCAAGGAGCUCCAGGACGUGGGACGCGAUGAAUCGGUGAAGUCAAUUGUUCUAAUGUCCGGCAAACCAAAUAGUUUUGUUGCUGGAGCCGAUGUUACGAUGCUGAAGAAGGCAAAGACUCCUGCAGAUGGGACGAACAUCUCCAGACAAGGGCAGGAACAAUUCGAGAAAUUGGAAAAAUCAGGAAAACCAAUAGUGGCAGCGAUAAUGGGAAGCUGCAUGGGUGGUGGUUUAGAGUUGGCGAUGUCAUGUCAUUACCGUAUCGCCGUCAACGACAGCAAAACUCAACUUGCAUUACCUGAAGUAAUGUUGGGUCUUCUGCCUGGAGCUGGUGGAACCCAACGACUACCGAGGCUCGUAUCAAUUCAAAAUGCUCUCGAUAUGAUGCUGACAGGAAAACGUGUCAAAGCCGAUAAGGCAAAGAAGAUGGGCUUGGUAGAUUCAGUGGUCCAACCUCUUGGUGAUGGUCUGGAACCUGCUGCGAUAAAUACGCACAAGUAUCUAGAAAGAAUUGCUGUUGAUACGGCUCGUCAAAUAGCCGAUGGAUCACUAAAGGUGAACAGGGAGAAACCUUUGAUGGAAAAGGCCUUGACGAAUUCCUUUGUACUCGAUAAUGUGGUGAUGAAAAUGGCGAAAGACAAGGUAAUGAAAGAGACGGCAGGAAAUUACCCGGCCCCCUUGAGAAUUCUUGAGACCGUUCGUAAAGGAUUAGUUGAGGGACCAGCUGCAGGAUACAGUUAUGAGUCUCAGUGCUUCGGUGAACUCACUCAAACUUACCAGUCGAAAGCUCUAAUUGGACUCUUCAAUGGAUCUACGGAGUGCAAGAAGAACAAAUUUGGUGAAGGCAGACCUGUCAAGGAAGUGGCGGUUGUUGGAGCAGGCCUUAUGGGAGCUGGUAUUGCAAAUGUAACGAUAGACAAAGGACUCAGAUGUGUCUUGCUGGACAUGAACGAGCAGGGUCUUGAGCGUGGUGAAAACCAGAUAAUCACUCAGUUAAAUGGUCAAGUGAAGAGAAAGAAGAUUAAUAAAUUAGAUAAGGAAAGAAUGAUAUCGAACUUGGUAGCAUCAUGCGAUUAUUCGGCAAUGAAGAACUCGGAUAUCGUUAUUGAAGCUGUAUUUGAGGACUUGGCUUUGAAGCACAAAGUGGUCAAACAAAUAGAAGGAAUAGUUGGUCCUAACACAAUUAUCGCAUCAAAUACGUCAGCACUUCCCAUAAAGGAUAUUGCAAAGGCGUCUUCUCGGCCUGAAAAGAUCAUUGGUAUGCACUAUUUUUCACCCGUAGACAAGAUGCAAUUGCUGGAGAUUAUCGUGCAUGAUGGAACCGCAAAAGAAACCUUAGCCACAGCCGCACAACUAGGUUUGAAGCAGGGCAAGCUGGUGGUUGUUGUGAAGGAUUGUCCUGGAUUCUUUGUUGUACGUUGCCUUGGUCCAAUGAUGUCGGAGGUUAUUCGCUUGCUGCAAGAGGGCGUUCCACCACCAGAAUUGGACAAACUCACAAAACAGUUUGGGUUCCCCGUAGGAGCAGCAACAUUGGCCGAUGAAGUCGGCUUGGAUGUGUCUGCUCACGUAGCACAAUUCUUGGGUCAGGCAUUGGGACCACGUGUUCGUGGAGGCUCGGCCGAUUUGCUGUCUGACAUGAUCAACGCCGGAUUUAAGGGCAGAAAAACGAACAAAGGUAUUUAUGUUUACCAAGACAAAGGUAAGAAGAAGGUAAAUGAAGAGUCGACGAAAAUCCUGCAGAAAUAUCAAUUGAAAGCACCGGAGAAUUGCUCCUCGGUAGAAGACCGACAACUACGUCUAGCGUCACGCUUUGUCAACGAAGCUCUACUCUGCUUAGAAGAAGGAGUCAUCGCCAGUCCGAGUGAUGGUGACAUUGCGUCAGUAUUCGGCGUUGGUUUCCCACCAUUCUGGGGUGGACCAUUCCGCUUCGUCGAUUUAUAUGGAGCUCAGAAGUUGGUAACAGCUAUGGAGAGGUUUGGCGCCGCCUAUUCUGCAGAGCAGUUUGCUCCGUGUCAACUCCUCAAAGAUCAUGCCAAAACUGGAAAGAAGUUCUACCAAUGA